AAGACACCCAUUCAAACAGGAAGUUAUAUUCGCCGUUAUAAUUUGGGUCUCUUGGAACGGAUGCUAACGUUUUGUUGGCUUCUAGUUUUCGUUUAUUGUACAUUUUAUUAAUAUCCACAAGUCAAAGAUUCAAAUGUGUGAUAUCUCUCGCUUGUACUAUAACGAGCUGCAAAGGAAACGGUCAUAUCCGAGCUGCUUGGUAACGGAUCAACUGCUUGACGACGACGACGCCAGGGCAUUUAAAUCUCAGCCUGUCCGCCGACGUAGCAGUUUUUGAGGUAACUCACUGGAUCUUAUUCGAUUGGUUCUUCCAGAAGAGCGCCUAACGUUUCUCUGAUGAGUGGAGUUCACGUGUGUUCCUGGUGCUCUGUGCCCGUCCUAAACGGUAACCCGCUUCGGUGAGAACCGUGACCCCCGUCACCAUGCCUCGUCCUGGGCUGCGAUGUCUGACUCCCUCGGUGAUGCCGAAGUGAACCAGGCUCCCACCACGGAGCUCAAACCUCCCUUAGCCCAUGACUCUCUCGGUGGUGCCGAAGUGAAUCAGGCUCCCACCACGGAGGAGAGACCUCCCUUAGCCCUUGACUCCCUCGGUAGUGCCGAAGUGAACAAUGCUUCCACCACGGAGGAGAGACCUCCCUUAGCCCAGAAGGCUCUGGCGGAGGGUUACGCCCGACUCCGGUACCGGGACACCUCGCUGCUGAUCUGGCAGCAGCAGCAGACGGAGCUGGAGGGCGGCCCUCCGGCCAACUACCUGAGCCGCAGCCAGUCCGCCUGGUACAGCAGCCACGGGAACCAGGCCGUGGUGGUCCGCGACAGGAAGACCUUAGGGGACGGGGUCGUUCCCACGGAGGGCAGCAGGUCCAAGAUCUGUCUCAUCAUGUAGUCUAACAUGCCCAGGACGAUGCCGAUCUUUCCAACCUAUCAAUUAUUCAGAAGCCUGGUGUUUGUGGAUGUACUCGUAUUCAUGAACUUCGAGGAUGGGGUGGCGGAAACAGUCGUCAGAUCGAGAAGACGCCUGUCCCGGGCCGGUUGUCAUGGUAACACUAACACGCGGCAGUCAAUCAGGCUGAAGAUUUAUAUAGGAUCCACCUUUCAUUUAACACGUCGCAAAGCUCUACUAGUAUUAAUCAAACACCACCUUUCAUGGUGCGACUGUCGAUGGCGGUUGAAUAUGAAUUCUCCAAUAAAUUAAUUUAUUCAUGUGAUCUUCGUAAUCAAAACCAUUUGUUUUUAUGUGUGCAUAAGGGAGCGAGACUGUGGUAGGUUUAUGUGUUUAUUUAUGAAAACAAAGAAACUCAGAAAAUAAGGAUCCCAUAUAAGUAAUUACAUCAAAUAUUGGACUAGUUGGUUUUGCGUGUCUGUCUCUACUCUAGCGAGCGGAGCGUCCCUCUAAGCGUACGGCUACUUUACAGUGCUCAAAACAGACAGAAGAAACGUACAGCCGGAGUGCAUGCAAAUACACAAAACUUUUUUUCAGCUUUCUUAUUAAAAUACAAAAAUUAGCUAUUAUCAUAGUCAUCGCUCGACCGACCAUCAACUAAAAACAAAGGUGAAUAUGCAGGGAAGGGACUUUUUUUUUUUAAAGGGGGAGAGGAUGGGGUGUUAGUGUCUGCACGUGUCUGGCAAGUCUGAUGACAGCCCAUAAUAAUCCUGACCAGCUCUGGUUUCCACAACAACACAGGACAGAGCAUCCACAGAUUCCCUCUUACACAGAGGUCAAAGGGUAACCCAAGGACUUCUAGCCCCAACACAAAGACAUACAGGCCGAGGGUGGUAGAGAUGAGAGAUGAUUUGAUCGGCUAGCACUGCAUCGAUGCAGGAAACAGGAGGGAGUUGUGGGUAAUGCAGACCAAAUCCGAGGCAGCUCACUGUUUCCAUGACAGCAGAUACAAGGGGCAAUGUGU